AAUUUACAGAAUGUUAUAAGCACGAGCAUAGCUGAAACGAUAAGGCACUUUACAGCUUAGCGGCUGGACUGACUGACAGCUAUCCCAAACCGGCAAAAAUCCCCACGUGGGCCGGGCUAACUCCCUCCCUGGAAUCCUCUCGUCGUCGUCGUCGCCGCCGAUUCCCUCGCACCAAUCCACACACCGCCGCCGCCGCCGCCUCCUCUCCCCUCCAUUUCAGCCACCAACCCCGGCUAGCUCCACCUCGUCGUGCGCCAACUGCGAGCGAGGGAGUGGAGUGACUCCGGAAGCCAAGCGCGGCGAGAGGGAUGGAGGGGGCGGCGCCGCUUCUGGCGGCGCGUGGGGAGGAGGAGGUGGUGGAGGGGAGGCGGCGCGGGGGAGGGGGCGGGGCGACGUCGGCGCAGACGCUGGGGAACGUGGUGGUGUCCAUCGUGGGGACCGGGGUGCUCGGCCUCCCCUACGCGUUCCGCACCGCCGGCUGGGUCGCCGGCUCGCUCGGCGUCGCCGCCGCCGGAUGCGCCACGCUCUACUGCAUGCUCCUCCUCGUUGACUGCAGAGAUAAAUUGGAAGAGAAAGAAUCUGAAGAAACCUACCAUGGUCACUAUACAUAUGGUGAUUUGGGUGAAAAGUGUUUUGGCACUAUAGGUCGAUGCUUGACAGAAAUCCUCAUCCUUGUUUCCCAAGCAGGUGGAUCUGUAGCUUAUCUAAUAUUCAUUGGCCAAAAUCUUCAUUCUGUCUUCAGCCAGUUGAUGUCACCAGCUGCCUUCAUCUUUGCCAUUCUCCUGCCUAUGCAAAUCGCUCUAUCAUUCAUCCGUUCACUAUCUUCUCUCUCCCCAUUCAGCAUAUUUGCAGACGUCUGCAAUGUUCUUGCUAUGGCAAUUGUUAUCAAAGAGGAUCUUCAGCUUUUUGAUCACCCAUUUGCGAAUAGAAGUGCUUUCAAUGGACUUUGGGCGAUACCAUUCACUUUUGGAGUUGCGGUCUUCUGCUUCGAAGGAUUCAGUAUGACUUUGGCACUAGAAUCAUCAAUGGCAGAACGGAGAAAAUUCCGCUGGGUACUUUCUCAAGCAGUUGUCGGUAUCAUAAUUGUCUAUGCAUGUUUUGGAGUUUGUGGUUACUUAGCCUAUGGGGAGGCCACUAAAGACAUCAUAACACUUAAUCUUCCCAAUAGUUGGUCUUCUGCUGCCGUUAAGGUUGGUCUUUGCAUAGCACUGGUAUUCACAUUUCCAGUCAUGAUGCACCCAAUCCACGAGAUUGUCGAGGAAAGAUUCCAAUCAAGUGGAUGUUUCCCGAAGCUCUCGCACAAGGUUCGCGGGGCUGAAUGGGUGGGCCUGCACUCAAGCCGCAUCGUCAUGGUAACUAUCCUGUCUGUGGUGGCAUCCUUCAUACCUGCGUUCGGGUCCUUCAUCUCCUUUGUCGGGAGCACGGUUUGCGCGCUGCUCUCCUUCGUGCUGCCUACGAUCUUCCAUCUGAGCAUUGUGGGUUCCUCGAUGAGUCCGUGGCGACGCUGGGGGGACUACGGUUUCCUUCUCUUCGGCCUUGGUUUUGCGGGCUACGGGCUCAUUAGGGCUCUCUUCUCACAUUGACUGAUGAUCCAAAUGGCAAAGAACCACAAUGCAGGAUUCAACUGCAGAAUAUGUCCAAUCUGGGAAGUGGGAACGAAGGCAUUGAGAUGAGAUGUAUUUACUGCCUUUGUUGUUCAGGGUGUAAUAUAUGUGAUGCCAAGAUCUAGGAUUAUGUGAUAAUGAUCUUUUGUUGGUGUAAGUUAUAUGUAUAUUACCAGUGUCACGCAGUGACGCAAUGGAUCAUGCUAUCCAAUCAAUUUUCAUAUGUUCUUAACUUUUUAUGUUUGGAAGAAAAAUAAGCAGCAUGCAGAGUGCACAUUUUUGGUCUC